ACACGCGCAGACGUACUGCCCUCAAUCCGUCUUCACCAUAUCUUUUACGUACGCGAGCCCAUCCCAUUCCGUCUUCCACACUCGCGAGGGCAGCGUAGGACUAAGAUAUGGUGUGGCUGCAGUACACGGCGACCCGGCGGCAGCGCGCCGCCACGGCCGGCCUCUUCCUCACCGGCGCCGCACUCAUCGCCGUCGCCGCCCGCCUCUCCUACGCCAACAUCGAGCCCUCGCGCGCCAAGGCCGCGCGGCGACGCGAGGUCCUCCAGGCCUUCAUCGCCCGCAAGCGCGCAGCCGCUGCCGGAGCCGGAACUGGAGGAGCAGACUCGCUCCCCAGCCAGGAUCCCGCCAAACCCUAGCCAAGCCACAGGAUCACGGGCUUCGAAUCCAUUCAAGCUGCUGGUUGCAGAUGCCAUUGGUAAUUUCUUCUGCAGCAAAAGGGGGGGCGAUUUCGGCGUUCUCAGCUUGGUUGUGAUCUUGUACUUUGCUGAACUAUAUGGAUUUUCCACCAAAGUGGCAGCGAUAGGCUGAUGAUAGUGCAGUGUUUUUGUUCCGAGUUAAGUUAAGCAAUUCAAACACCACCAGGAUGUCUGCUGCACUGUUAAGUUUUGCUGUCCACAAUAUGCUAUGCAAAUAUGAGCUUAUCUCCCCUCUUCAUA